AGUCCAUGUCUUACACCGCUUCUAGAUUACACUACUGUUGUAGAAACGUAAACUGAACACGGUACGAUUUACGACUAAAUAUUGUAACCCCUAAGAGUAGUUGAUAGGGUAGCUACGAAUAGUGAGUGACGCUGAAACGAACGGAGCAAUUGUUUCUUUAUCUUCUUUGGUUACAGUUAACCAAGAAAAGCUAUUAUUUUGGUUUAUAAUGGACGAUGUAGUUAGUCAUUCGCGUAAGCCUGUUGUGUGUCGUUAUUUCGCCGCGUCUGGAACUUGUUUUUAUGGAAAUGAUUGUCAGUUUUUACACAAUUCCAUUCCGCGAUCCAGUAUAUCUCCGACGUUUCCGAUACAUUUAUUUUCAUCGCCAUCUCGAUCAGCCAAUUCCACCACCGCAUCAAUAUCUACAGAACUAAGUUUGUCAAUUAUUGAGAUUAAAGAUGAAUGUAUGCAUAAAGCACAAGAGUUAUCCAUAUCACCAGAUAUACAAACAGCUGGAGAAUCUAAUUCAUCUCUCUUUGAGGAAAAUGUUGGUGGUACUACCUAUUAUUAUACACCAGAAGAUGACAUCAAACCUAACCAUGAAGAUCUAACUAUUCAAAAUCAUGGGGGUCAAGCUACCGAUAAAAUAGCUCAUACUGCAGUAUUGAGCAGAAGAAUUCAGUCUCCAAACCAAUUGGUCUCAACAUCACAACAACCCAAUCAUUUGUUUUCAGUUUACAGUGGGCCUUCUAGUUUUUUACUAAGUUGUACUGGUCAACAGAGAUCUUCAUUUUUUAUGAAUGAAGACAUAAGAGCUGACCUCAUCCAAAGAAACUCAGUGGCUUUAUUGACAUCAGAUCCUGCUUUAUUUCCAGAUUUACCGUCAGAUGUUGAUCAUUAUCAUGAGCUGGUUCCCCUUGAAACUCAUACAUUAAAUCAGGCUGUCAAGUCCAACACUUACGGCUUAAUUACUUCUACCUAUAAAGCCUCUAACAGCAAAACUGGCAUGCGAUAUUGCUUGAAGAGGAUUCAUGGUUACAGAGUCACGAGUGCUAAAUGUAUGUCGAUGGUUGAACUGUGGAGAAAAGUGCAACAGUGUCAUUUGGUGACUUUGAGAGAAGCCUUUACAACCAAGGCCUUUGGCGAUCAUUCCAUAGUUUUUGCAUACGAUUAUUAUCCUGGAGCUGAAACACUUCUGACGAAGUAUUUAGCUUCAACGGCUCCACAUCUGGAUCCAUUCAGCAGUGACCCUUCUGCGCCCCGUCCGUAUACAAUGCAGAAGAAUCGAAUGUUACAACAACAGGCUGGCAAAGGUGUAUUACCAGAGUCUUUACUGUGGAGUUACAUAAUUGAACUAUGUUCAGCUUUGCGAUCCGUCCAUUCCGCUGGUUUGGCCGUAAGAGCAUUAGAUCCAUCCAAAGUACUGGUGACCUCAAGAGGCCGUUUACGAUUAUGUGGUGGCGGAAUUUUUGAUGUACUCACCUAUGACUCGAGUUCUUCCAACGUCUCAGCUUUGAUUCCGCAUUAUCAGCAAGAAGACCUCUUGGCUUUGGGAAAGCUUAUUCUUGCAUUGGCCUGCAACUCUUUGUUGGCUCUCCAACGAGAUAAUGUUCCCACUUCUAUGGAUAUCAUCAGUAAAAAUUAUUCCUCGGAUCUUCGAAAUUUAGUUAUGUAUUUGCUCUCCACCCCUCAAGGUUCUAGAGCCAAGAACAUUCAGGAAGUAAUGCCUAUGAUUGGUGCUCGAUUUUUCAGCCAAUUAGAAGCAGCUACUUUGCAUGCCGACUAUCUUGAAGAUCAGCUUGCCAGAGAAUUGGAUAAUGGUCGUCUGUUCCGUUUGCUUGGAAAACUCGGAACUGUUGUUGACCGACCGGAGUUAAAUUUGGAUUCAACGUGGUCGGAAACGGGUGACAGAUAUUUACUCAAGUUGUUUCGAGAUUAUAUGCUUCAUCCUUGUACGGAUGACGGUCGACCAUGGGUUGAUUUGGCACACAUUGUCGCGUGUCUCAAUCGACUUGAUACAGCUUCGCAAGAUAAAAUAUGUUUAACUUCGCGAGAUCAACAGAACGUUCUUGUUGUAAGCUACGCUGAACUGCACCAGUGUUUGGAAACUUCUUUUAACGAACUGCAACAAGCAGCGUUAGCUCCUUCACAUGUUUUGGGAGCUUCGUCCAGUAACGAGCAAUAACUUUAGACGGGAAGACGGAUUAACAAAUAGCUCCAAUUUUUCGAAGAAUUCGAUCCGCCAUUUGGCGCGUUUUGUGACUGAUGUGUCUGUGAAUGAGGGAAGGCAAGGUAUGAAGAUGAAUCUCAUGCUUCGACAACUGUAUUUUUCCAUUUCAGUCUUGAAGUAUGCGAAUGGCCAUGAUAAUGAGAACUCGAAAUUCAUUAAACGCCUAGGCCGUGGCAUCGUCCAUGCCACGAAACAUUUUGGAUCAAAUAUUUUUGCAAUUGCAGGUGUGUAACACGAACGAAUUGCGUUCUGUUAUUGCUCUAAAUUUUCCAAGUUGUAUGCAGUGUUUAAUAAUAUCAAUACAUUUCUUCCGUAAGUA